AUGGAUAAUGAGACGACCUCAGACUUCUUUUUUUAAAUUAAUUUUUAAUGUUUGCUAAAGAAAUUUAAUUUUAAAACUAAACAAUCAAAUAAAUGUAAGUGAACGUUAAGAGAAUAAACAAGAUUCGAUUUUAAUAAUGGAGGUAACACCCAUAAAUAAAGAUGCCCCAAAAAGCAAUAUCAAAACAAAAUCCGAAUACUCAGAUUCCUACAAAGAUGAGGAGGAGGAUGAUGAAGAUGGUGUUGUGGGGGGACUUCAAAUAAAUCUGCCAGUCGUUAAUUCCCUAAGCUCACUCAAAAUCGAAGUUAGGGGCUUUAAUGAUCUAAAUGUCGUUUGGCUAUCAAGCAUAAUGAAACAAUACGAGAACCAACUAUGGAUGAAACUUCAAACUGAUCAACGAAAGACAUUCAAAUGUUUAUUUUGUUCCAAAGUGCUUUAUCAUUUUUGUUCCCUUAAACAUCACCUUUUCAAUCAUUUAGAGAUUUUUCCGUUUAAAUGCUUUGCAUGUAACAAAACUUAUACGAGUAAUAAAACUCUAAACAAACAUACUCGAUCUAAGCAUACGACUAAUAACAAAUCAAAAAGGACUCAUUAGGCUGGAUAUUGACUUGACGAUAAUUUAUUUAUAUUUUUAUUUUUAUUUACUAUUUACUUGUUAUUUUGUUUUACUUUUUUUUUUCUAUGAAAUGGACAAAAUUUAUUUAUUUUUUAAUUUUAAGAAAUAAAGAGAAUGCUUUUGUUUAUUUUUUUUUAUUCUGCGUGGACAAAUAAAAAAUGCUAUUUUU